CUAGAACGUUCCAGAAUUUUGUCACGGUCACGGUCACGGUCAGAAUCUCAUUAUUGUUUUCUAUAACAAACUCCCCACUCCCCUAGUUCGCAGGGUCAAAAGGCUUGCAAACCCGCGGAGCUCGGGCGCACCUCUGAAACCCCAAAUUUCCGUUCCUACCUACUCUGAUGCUAAAGAGACCGUUUGUUUCUCCGAGAUCCAACCGGUGAUUCUGAUGUGGAGAUCCGAUUCCGUGAGAGAAACGUUGUCGGCAGAGAAUUCGAUAUUUUUCCAAAUUGCCGAAAAGUCUAUAAUUCAUUGAGUUUUCUAGGAGGGCUGUGGCAAGAAAAAUAAAAGUCAAGGUACUAUAAGUGCUUAGGGGCUGUUUGGAUGCUUUACAUCCACUGUUCAUGGGACAUCUUAACAUCCUCCAGAAAGUAAGAAGGAACGUAGGAAGGACAGGAGAGAAAAUCAUUGACGAAUGGCGCGCUAACAUCCUGCAAUUCUGAAAUUUCACUAAGAGCAAACUCAUUCUCGGGGGUGAGUUCAUUUAUCCCUAAAUUCAGGUUUCUGGACGUGAGUGAUCAUAUCCUAGGCACUAGCUAAUGGCAAAUGAUUUUGCAAAUCAGCCCUUGCUCCCAGCAUUACAGGAACCUCCCCAUCAACCGCUGAAAAAUGACACAGCAAAGAAGAAAAGAUUCCGUCGUUGUAGAACUACUCCUGGAGACUUCACACCAGAGUCAAUCAAACAUGGUGCCUCGUUUUCAGAUUUGAAGUUCAGUUUCAGUAAUUUCCGUCCAAGCUUUAAACAGGUAUCUUUAUUCUUGGUCAUCUACUUGGGAGCAGGUGUUGUUUGCUUCUAUCUUGUGAAGGAUCAGAUCAAGGGUGAGACAACCAAUGGCAUUCUUGAUGCCUUAUAUUUCUGUAUUGUUACUAUGACCACAGUUGGCUAUGGUGACCUUGUUCCCGACAGUGUCACUACAAAACUUCUUGCUUGCGCUUUUGUGUUUACUGGCAUGGCAAUUGGUGCACUCCUCUUAAGUAGAGCAGCUGAUUACCUUGUUGAGAAGCAAGAAGUAUUGAUUAUUAAAGCACUACACAUGCAUCGUAAGGUUGGUCAGGCACAUACAUUAAAGGAGAUUGAGUCAAACAGAGUGAAGUACAAGUUUUAUACAACUACGUUGCUUCUUACAGUUCUCAUACUUAUGGGAACUAUCUUUCUGUUGAAGGUCGAGAAGCUAAACCUUGUUGAUGCCUUCUAUUGUGUCUGUUCCACUAUCACAACAUUGGGUUAUGGGGAUAAGAGUUUCUCAACUAAAGGGGGGCGUGUUUUUGCUGUGUUCUGGAUAAUGACUAGUACAAUUUGUUUAGCUCAGUUCUUUCUCUACCUUGCCGAGUUAAACACAGAGAGUAGACAGAAACUGCUUGCAAAAUGGGUGCUUACACGGAGAAUGACAUUCAUGGAUCUUGAAGCGGCAGAUCUGGAUGAUGAUGGAGCUGUGGGUGCUGCUGAGUUCAUAAUAUAUAAGCUCAAAGAAAUGGGGAAGAUAACCCAAGAGGAUAUAGCACUUGUGAUGGAGGAGUUUGAGGAACUUGAUGUUGAUCAAUCAGGUACAAUAUCAAACUCCGAUCUGAUAAUCGCUCAAUCCUCUAGGUGAAAAGUUUCCAUGAAUGUCUUUGACUGAUAAUACUAUUUCUGCUGUUUGGAGUAUAACUGCUUCAUGGUUGCACACGAAGCUGUAUCACAACUGAUUUUGUGAAUUUUGUCAUCCCUGUGGAUGUAACUUGAGUUUCUUUUGUAGUUUAUGAAUCUUACAAUUAAUUUGGCCAGUUGCAAGUGCCAGUUUUUCUGCCUCUUUGUCUACAUACACGAUGAGUUGUGAGUUUUGCCAUCCCUGUAAUGUAUCUUGAGUUUUAUCAUGUAAUUUACAUAGCUUAUGACCAAUCUGACUGGUUACAAGUUAAAUUA